CCACAAGUUAGAUGGAUAAUUGGAGGAGUUGAAUAAUGGAGAAGGGAUGACGAAAAUAAAGAGCAUUGAUUAGUUUGGCUCCAAACAAGACAUAGAAAAGAAAAAGAAAAGGGCAAAAAAAAGGAAAGGAAAAGAAAAGAUUAUUUCGUCCAUUUAAUUCAUCUCCAUCUUCAAAAACCAGAGCCCAUAUAUAUCAACGUUAUCCCCCGGUAAACAUUACAUACAAAUACCAUCUUCUUCUUCUUGUUCACCAUCCUUCUAUGCAAAAUGAAUAGUGAGCAUAACACGAAUGGGGUUUCUGAUGACCUCAAAGCUCCACUGCUUCCAGUCCAGGCGACCACAAUGGAGACCUCAAAUGGGGCGUCUCUCAUGUCCAUUUUCACACCCAAGAGCUUCUUCAUCCUCUUGGGGCCUCUGCUCUGCACCCUCAUCUGCCUUUUUGUGAAGCUUGAUGGCCCUGUGACCAGCAGGAACAUGUUGGCUGUUCUUGCUUGGAUGUUUGCUUGGUGGAUCACUGAAGCUGUGCCUAUGCCCAUCACCUCCAUGUCUCCUCUCUUCCUCUUUCCCCUCUUUGGAAUCGCUUCCGCAGAUGAUGUUGCUCACUCCUACAUGGAUGAUGUGAUUUCCCUUGUUCUUGGAAGCUUCAUACUUGCUCUUGCUGUUGAGCAUUACAACAUCCAUAGAAGAUUGGCCCUCAAUAUUACCUUGAUCUUUUGUGGAGAUCCACUGAAUCCCCCAUUGCUUCUCCUUGGCAUCUGUGCCACCACAGCCUUUGUGAGUAUGUGGAUGCACAAUGUUGCAGCAGCACUGAUGAUGAUGCCCGUAGCCACUGGUAUCUUACAGAGGCUACCAUCAGGUCCAACUCGAUCUCCCCAUGUGGAUAAAUUCUGCAGAGCAGUGGUGCUUGGGGUGUUAUACUCUGCUGCAGUUGGGGGAAUGAGCACUCUCACCGGUACUGGCGUCAAUCUCAUAUUGGUAGGAAUGUGGAAGAGCUACUUCCCAGAGGCAGACCCCAUCAGCUUUAAUACAUGGUUCUUCUUUGGCUUCCCUUUGGCUUUGCUGGUUUUCUUUGCCUUGUGGGCUAUUCUCUGCUGCUUGUACUGCUCCAGGGGUGCAGGUCCUGCUCUGUCUGCUUAUUUGGACAAAUCCAGUCUCAGAAGAGAGCUUCAAAUGUUGGGUCCAAUGGCUUUUGCUGAAAAGAUGGUGUUGGCUGUGUUUUCGAUGCUAAUAGUCUUAUGGAUGACAAGGAGCAUAACAGAUGAUGUUCCUGGAUGGGGAGCUCUCUUCAAUGGUCGUGUAGGCGAUGGGACUGCCAGUGUGAUGAUGGCAACCUUAUUGUUCAUAAUUCCAAACAAGAAACAAAAGGGGGAGAAGCUGAUGGACUGGAACAAAUGCAAGAAGCUGCCAUGGAACAUCGUAUUGCUACUAGGCGCUGGCUUUGCCAUAGCUGCCGGAGUCCGGUCAAGUGGCCUGGCUGAUGUGUUGUCAAAGGCCUUGACUUUCCUGGAACACGCUCCCUACUUGGUCAUUGCGCCUGCCGUCUGUCUCAUAAGUAGUACGGUUACUGAGUUCACCUCAAACAAUUCCACAACAACACUCCUUGUUCCCCUUCUCAUCCAAGUAGCCCAAACCAUGCACGUCCACCCGCUCCUUCUCAUGGUUCCUGGAGCCAUUGGAGCACAGUUUUCUUACUUGCUGCCCACUGGAACUCCUUCGAAUGUCGUCGGGUUCACAACAGGACACAUUGAAAUCAAAGAUAUGAUCAAGACAGGAGUGCCUCUUAAGAUUGCUGGAAUUGCUGCAUUAUCCCUUCUAAUGCCUUCACUCGGAGCAUAUGUUUUUGGGACAAACGAAGAAAUGUGACACCAUUCAAAUCCCUGCAACCAGUUUGCAAAUUCUCUACAAACAAGGUGAAAUGCAUAGGAUCGGCCGCUACCAUGACAAGGCAUUGGCUCUUGGCAUAUUAGUAGCCUUAUUGUAUAGUAAUAAGGAAAGGAAAAGAAAUCGUCUGUGACAAGAAUCAUGAAAGGGAAAAAGGCAUAUGCUUUUCUCCUAUGGCAAUUGUUUAUUUAUCUAAUGAUUCUUCCCAUGGUGGAUUUGUUAGCCUUCAUACUUUGUUUCUGAUCAUCAAUAUUAAAAGUUCAUGCCAUUAUUGAUAAAAUAACAACUUUGAAAGCAAUUUUCAUUUUGAGUCUACAUCCACUUAAGCAAAUUGUUGAAAAUCAGCACCAAGGUGAGCCCUACGUACUGGUUCUUCGUAUGGUCAACUGUCAUUCAACAAUGGGAUGAUAAAAUUAUCAAACUAGACCUCCAUUUGUCGGUAUUUAGCUCAGUUUGCUGGUCAUCUCUUGCUGUAUCCAAGAUGCAGAGAAACAUAUGCAAUGGCCUCCUUCCUCAAUAGCAAGCGAACAGAUUCUAGGACACUUUCAAGUAACCAAUCAGACCUCGAAAAAUUCAGGUUUAAGUUGCAUAUACAUGUUAAUUACAUAUCAUCUCCUUUAGGCAUAUUACUCCUUGACCAGAAACUCCUCUGUUCCUCUUUAAAUAUAGUACAGAAGCUUUAUGGCUGUGUCAUUUACACAGCAUAGAAGUAAAAUGGAGAAAGGAAAGUCUUUGUGGGUGCAACUGUAAUCUACCUAUUCAGUUUUCUGCAGCACAGUACACGGCCUUUCAUCCUUUUAAAUGCCCAUUUAGUUUCUCACACAUUUACUACUGUCAUAAUUCUCUGCACAAAAAAAAGUCAUACUUAUGAUUCAUAAUUUCAUGCAGAGAUGAUAAAUGAUUGAUAUGAAAUUUAUGACUAUAGGCAUAAAUCUAUUCAUAUUAUAUCAAGAAUCCCAUUUAAAAUCUCAGAUUGGGCAGCUCCAAACACCAAAAAGAAAAAAAAAAAAAUGGAACUUCAAAGUCAGUUCUUGUGCCGGCUCUUCUGUGUCUUCGUCUUCAUCAUUUUAAGUGCAAAUGCAGCAGCCCCAGUGACAGCGGGUGGAUGGAAUGAGAUUCCGGACGUGAUCAACAACACUCACGUUCAAGAUUUAGGCAUGUUUGCAGUGCUGGCAUACAACAACUCCACCGCCUCCAGCCUGUUUUUCUAUGCGGUGUUUCAGGCUCAAGCGCAGAUUGCCGAAGGCCUGAAUGUUAGGAUGGUGAUUCAAGCACUUGAAAGUGAGCUGCCAAAGAUGUAUAAAGCUUAUGUGUGGGAGAAACCAUGGGAGAACUUCAAGAACCUUACCUUCUUUGAGCCUGUUCUGGUCUAAUCUUUCGGACUCAAAUCUUAAUUUCUAACCUCCUAUAUAUUUGUAAUAAUUCACCGGAUUUGGUGUCCUUGAAUUUCUUGUUUAGAUAUGGCUUUUUUAUUCUUUUAAUAAAAAAAAAUAAAAAAAUAAAAAUGGGGUCCUUUUAAUAAAGCUUUGGUCUUUAAAAAGAGCUUAACAAGGAAGUAUCCUGAGGAAAGCAUUUUUCUUUUUCUUGCCCUGGAUGAUGUUUCUUACGAAACGGCUUUGUUAAGAAAUUACUACGAUAUUUUCCACUUCCUUUAGGGAGGACUUGGGUGGUCAGCGGGGGCUGCACAACUGGACCACUUAUCUUUCUCCACAUUGGGAACCCAACAAAAUGGGCCCCACUUCUUUAAUGGGCCUCCGGCUAUAAAUCCAACCGACUACCAUACCUCCGCUUCACACUGCUUCAGAAAGAAACCCAACGGCGAUGGCGCGGGGGCAAUACCGUCUUUCUCUCCUCCUGGCUUCGCUCCUCCUCGUCGCAGUAGCCUCCGAUGCUCUUCUCGGCGGCUGGAGCCCGAUCGAGGACGUGAAGAACCCUCACGUGCAAGAGAUCGGGAAGUUCGCGGUGGAGGCGCACAACAAGUUGACCGCGACGAAGCUGAAGUUCCAGAGCGUGAUAAAGGGCCAGACUCAGGUCGUCGCCGGCACCAACUACCGGCUAACGGUGAUGGCCAAGAACGGCGCCGCAUCGAAGAAGUACGAGGCGGUUGUUUGGGAGAAGCUGGAUGGCACCAAGCAGCUCACUUCCUUUCAACCCGUCUGAAGGCUUCCAAAGAAUGUGGUUUGUAAUUUGCGGAAAUGCUGAUGGAAAAUUUUGGAUUUUGGUGUUUUGGAUUAUCAAAUAAUAUUUUGGCACAGCAAAUGGUUUUUCCCCUUCUUUUGUGGAUUGAAGCAGCUUAAAAUUAUAAGCUUUAAGGACUGUAAAUCAAUAAAAAGCUGGAAUUAUUUCUUA